AUGAGCGCACCCCUGCGGGCUUCCCUCCCGCCGCACCCCUGUCCGGUGCCUCCUGCGAGUGCCCCCUCGGGGCCCUGUCCUCCACCCGGACGGACGGACGUGCCAGAGGCUCGGAGGGGUGGCUCAGAGGGGGCCAGCGUUCUCCAAGGGGAGGAGAACCAAGUUUUGCGCUCAGAGUGCGCACCCUCCGCGCUCCCGCCGCGGCUCCCGGCGCCCGAGGUCGGCUCCCGCGCAGGCGCCUCAGGCCUCGGCCCCGCUGCAGCCUCGGCCCGCUGCAGCCUCGGCCCCGCUGCAGCCUCGGCCCCGCUGCAGCCUCGGCCCUGCCCGCCCGCGCGGCGGCCCUGCGGAGGGCUCAGCGAAGGAAACGCAGCCCGCCCCUGUCCCUGCAGCUCUGGGUCGGAAACUGAGAGAAAAUGGGCCAAAGUAGGUCUGCAGGAGUGUCCGCCCGCCCCGCCGGAUAAAGCGCCGCUCCCCCGUAGUGAGAAUCACGCUCCUGGGGAGAGUCGACGGCCCAAGAAAGUCUACAACCACUGGGCUGGGGGUUUCCACGACGGUGUAGAAACCACUCGGGUCGCACACACCAGCACGCGCACAGCUGAGCCGACGUGGAAACACCACGGGAUCAGAUUCAGACAAAUGCCAUCAGAAAAAUCUACCCCUGAAAGGAAGAACUUAAGAAAAGGGAUCCAGAAGGAGUCUCCUCCAUUGUGCAAGAUUGGAAAAUGCACACAAAGUCCACACUCGAGGGAGUGCCACAGAACACCACGCAAUGGAAGGCUCCAACCCGCUUCCUCCUCCCUUUUCUCUUCCUCCCCUCCUUUCUUUACAAGAAUUGGAGACUCAUAAAGUAGACCAAAAACAAAAACCACCUGACUUUAAAUGCCUCAAUUGGAAUUGAAACCAAAAUCCCCAAGGGUCAUAGUUCCAAUGCCUAGCCCUUGAGCAAUGUCAGCAACAGUCUUCACAAAUCCAGCAGCUCAGCCCCUGAGCUCCAAACAAAGAAUGGUAAAGAUGGGGCCUGGCGCGGUGGCCCACCUCUGUAAUCCCAGCACUUUGGAAGGCCGAGGCGUGUGGAUCACA